AUGUUCCAGCAGAAGAAGAGACAAAAAGCAUUAUGUUACUGUCUUACGCUCUUUGCUGGGAAACAGCUUGAGGAUGGACUCACCCUGUCAGAAUAUAACAUCCAAAAAGAUUCCAACCCUCACCUUGUCCUGCGUCUGAGAGGGGGCAUCAUUGAGCCAUCACUGAAGCAGCUGGCUCAGAAGUACAACUGUGACAGGAUAAUCUGCCGCAAGUGCUAUGCUCGUCUGCAUCCACGUGCCAUCAAGUGUGGACACACCCGCAACAUCAGACGGAGGAUUCUGUAAUCAGUGUGGGCCACUGACUACUGAGCCGUUAAAAAUGUUCCAUCAGAUUGAAUAAAACUCUUUUAAUACUGAA